AUGGAUGCUUCAGAUGUUGAGGAGCUAGAUGAUCUCAUCUCGAUGCUACAGAUCGAUCGUGAACCGGUUGCCUCAGAAUUGGAGGUCCUGAAAUCGAUCUAUGGAGAUGAUUCUGUGCAGAUAUGGCACCCUCCAGAAGGGAAAUCAAAUGAUGAUGCUGGUACUGUGCGGUAUGAAGUCGUCCUAAGUUUUCCCUCUCCCCACGAUGAGGUAUCCAUCAAGGUUUUAGUAUCCCUACCACCCUCCUACCCAUCGACGUCCACCCCCCAGCUGCAACUACUGUCGCGGUACAUCGGCGCUUUCGGAAUCGACUCUGUUCUUUUUGGAUCGGUACUGAAGACCUUCAUCUCCAUUAAUGGCGUAGAAUGGACGGAGGACAAUGUGUGUGUCUUUGAUGGCCUACAGAACGUUCUGGACAGAUGUAUACAGUGGUAUGAAGACCAUCUUAACGCAGACAAGGCGGAAGAACUGCUCCGGGAGGAUGAGAAGGAAUUGGCGCAUCCUGAUAAUCGAGCAGCAUUGGUGCCAAUACCACUAGUUGAUCCAGCGCCAUCUACUCCUAUCUCUUUGCCUAAAGGCGUAGAAAUAUUCGUUGCCGAGCCCAUAACGGAUCGUAAGAGCGCCUUCAUUGGCAGAGCGUGCUCAAUAUCGGAUCCCUCGAUGGUCCCCUUGAUUCUUUCUCAUCUUUCCUCCGAUCGGCGAAUAGCUAGAGCAGCACAUCCGAUUAUCAACGCGUGGCGGUGUCAAGUAGGAGGGCUCCUUCACCAAGAUAACGAUGAUGAUGGCGAGACUGCGGCCGGCGGACGUUUAGCACACUUACUUCAAAUACUGGACAUCAACAAUGUCCUUGUCAUAGUGACACGAUAUUUUGGAGGCAUCCAUCUUGGACCGGACCGGUUUAAGCACAUCAACCAGGCCGCUCGGAACGCGUUGGAAUUAGGCGGUUUUCUGGAUGAACCAGCUUCAAAAAAGUCGUCGGCGCGUGGACGCAAACAUUGA